AUGUUCCGUGACAACCGAACAGCCCUUCUGCAAUCAUAUGAGAAGCGGCUGUAUGCACUGGAGGAUCGCCUUGCUGCAACCGAGAAGACCAUUAGCAAGAUCGAGGAGUUCAUAGGGUUCAUUCAGAGUGAAAUUGCUGGAGUGAAAGAAGCACUUGCUAAUCGAGGCCGUGAGUUAAGGACGUCAGAACAGCCAAUGGAAAACCCAGAUUUCCCCCCGCAUCUCUUCUCGAAAGGUGAUGAGCCGUCUCCGCUGAAAAGCAUCGGUUACUAUAGCGGUGAGACGAAGCUGAUGACUGCACUCGAGGAAGCACUCACACAAGAUGAGUGGGAAGAGAUAUUGAACUCUAAACUGGGAGUGUUCUUGAAGUUCAGUCAGCUGGAUUUCGGCUGGACAUCUAGACUGGUGCAUUACAUUCUCGACAUGCAGCUAUACGUGGACAAUCUCGAGGAUCCGGUGGUUGAGAUAACUGAGGAGAUGCAAGAUUUCUGGGAGCGAUUGGGAGUCAAUCAGGAUUUGGGCCCGAGCACUGAAGAUUUGAUAGAAGCUUGUAAGGAAUGCGGGUCGUGGUCUUCCGAGGAUCGGUUGAGGCUGGGAUACCUUAGCAUUUAUGCUAGUUACAUUGAAGCACGAAAGCCAUCUUCAGCUACUUGGGCUAGGUUGGCAAGGCUUGUGAUGGAUUUAGAUGCGUUUGAAAACUACCCUUGGGGAAGAGUGGCCUUCAAAAACCUGAUGCGGUCGGUGAAGGAGAAAGAAAUUUGGAAGUCGUCGUACACCAUUGAGGGGUUUAUUCAAGUACUACAAGUCUGGGUUUACUUUGCUCUUCCCGACUUUGCUGCUAAAUUUGGUGAACCACUUCCAAACGACCCCAAGGUACCGCUGACAGCUUACAAGGGAUCCAGGGGGAGGAAAUUUAUGAAAGAGAAUAUGCUCCAACAGACACGCAUUAACAACUACGUUGUUAAGAAAUUCUUCGACAUGUUUCCGCGCUGGGAAGUUGAAGACAAUGAUGAAGAAGACGCGGGGACUGACAACAUCAUCAAAGCGAUGUAUGGUCAUUUUGGCCCUAAACAAUGGACAUGGGAAAGGAGUCAUUGGCCUCCAACAGGUGUGACCACGUAUGUCAAGUCCGAAGGGUCUGUCGAUCUGAAGAGGCUAUCGGAAUCAGUUGGUGAUCAAGGAAGUCGGAAGCGGUUCUGCCCAGCCUCUGGUGAUGAAGAUGAGUCAAUGGUCACGAUUCUGAAGGACCACAUGGACGACUGCUUCAACAAGAUGAUGGAUGGGUUGAGUAGUUGUGAAUCUCAGAUCAAACUACUCAACACAAAGUUGGGAAUGGUGGAGCAGAAAUUAGAGGCAGUGAUCCUCCAAGCUGGGACCGGAGGUACAAAGGAGGAUGUGGCUCAGACUUGUGAAGCAGCCGCUGAGGACGCAAAACCUGUUGGCGACGAUCCAACGGACGCGGACGCCGAUCCUAAUAUCGACAGUAAUUUUAUGUCUAAGCAAAAUGAACAAAUUGAUGUCCCAAGUGAGAGCGCGAACGAUGGUAAGCAGGGAACUCCAGAGCCAAUCGUCGUUAUGGUUGAUCCAGCAAAAUGCGACAUCGACUUCGAUCAGGUCCAGAAAGAUAAAGACGAGAAAAGCAAGAAGGCGGCACAACUGGUUGCUCGUGCGAAGAGUGAACGUCUGCGAAAGUUGGCUCCUACCCAACAAAACCCUUUCAAACCCAACAGCACAUCGAAUGAAAUAAUCCCAAACAAAAAUGUCCGAGGGAGCGGAUAUGAUCCGUUUGAUAUGAAACACGUGAAACAAAAGAUCGGUGUGCUAACUGAUUGUCUGAAAAAAGAUCAGAACUAUCCAAAACGGAUAAAAUGGUCAUCUACGGACUGGUACUUCAUUCUAAGAGUCCCAAAACAAUGGCUAGCAGACACUCACAUGGAAGCUGGGAUUAACCUACUCAUGCUGCGAUUUACAAAGCAUCCUGAGUGGUUUAGGUCAGACAGGAUAACAUUCCUCGACUCUUACUUUGCAACGAUGUGGAGGCACAAGUACAAGGAGUUUGUGGACUCUCACGCCAACCCUGAUGGUUCAGGCAAGCUCCUUCCAGCUGGCUCGUUUGAGUACUACACUGGCGCAGCGCCAACCUACUGCCAUAUUGUCAUUUGGGAUAACCAUGCGAAUACUCAUGCAUCGGAUAUUCAGAUUGAGGCUGCUGUGAUUCCGAUUACCGUCUUGGUUCCCUAUAUACUCCGUGAAUGUGCACCUGCUGAAGACCGUAUCAAUCUGAUUUAUGAUCCAUUCACGUGGGAGCAAAUCAAGGGGCAUUUGAUCCCACAAAACAAACAAAGCGGUGACUGUGGCGUUUACUGCUUGAAGUACCUUGAAUGCCAUGCUCUAGGGAUGCCAUUUCCUAAGACCUUGUGCGAUGCAAACAUUAAAAACGUCUGA